UCAUCAUCAUCAUCUGUACCUAAUGAUGAUGCUGAUGCGCCGGGCUGCGCUGAGGUGUUCACCAAAUUGAGACUAACGGAUAAAUGAACGGCUUUUACCUCACGAAAUCCAACACUGACUCAAAAUAAAUGUUUUAAGUAUUCCUAAUGAUGUUUUCCGAGCAGGCUGAUUUAAAUUUCAGCUUUAACAUGAGCGAGGAAGACCGGUUAACUCUUCUGGAUGAGGACUGGAGCGACUCACCAGUGGAGACGCUCUCACGCGCGGGCUUCAUCGCCCUGUCAGUGUUCCUGGGAUUCAUCAUGACUUUCGGUUUUUUCAAUAACUUUAUCGUAUUAGUCCUCUUCUGUAAGUUUAAGACGCUCAGGACGCCAGUUAACGUGCUGCUUCUUAACAUUAGCGUCAGUGACAUGCUGGUGUGUAUGUUCGGGACGACCCUGAGCUUCGCGUCCAGUGUGCGGGGACGGUGGCUGCUCGGACGGCACGGCUGCAUGUGGUACGGCUUUAUCAACUCCUGCUUCGGCAUCGUAUCUCUGAUAUCCUUGGUGGUUCUUUCUUACGACCGCUACAGCACAUUGACGGUGUACCAUAACCGUGGUCCAGACUAUCGCAAACCUCUUCUGGCAGUAGGGGGUUCGUGGCUUUACUCUUUGAUCUGGACCGUGCCCCCUCUUCUGGGCUGGAGUAGUUAUGGCCUGGAGGGUGCAGGAACCAGCUGCUCUGUUUCAUGGACUGAGCGUACCGCCCAGUCUCGUGCCUACAUCAUCUGUCUGUUUCUGUUCUGCUUGGUCAUACCAGUACUCAUCAUGGUCUACUGCUAUGGGAGAUUGCUGUACGCAGUCAAACAGGUAGGAAAGAUACGCAAGACAGCAGCACGGAAACGGGAAUACCAUGUUUUGUUCAUGGUUAUCACCACGGUGGUGUGUUACCUUCUGUGUUGGAUGCCGUAUGGGGUCGUGGCCAUGAUGGCUACAUUUGGCCGGCCAGGAAUCAUCUCACCGGUGGCCAGCGUGGUGCCCUCUCUCCUCGCCAAGAGCAGCACGGUCAUCAACCCGCUCAUAUACAUCCUGAUGAACAAACAGUUCUACAGGUGUUUCUGCGUCCUGUUCUGCUGUCAGAGGCACUUGAUGCAGAACGGUCACUCCUCCAUGCCCUCCAAGACCACAGUUAUCCAGCUCAACCGUAGAGUCCUCAGUAACAUGGUUGCCUGCACCGCUCCGAUCUCCACCGCCAUCCACAAACACGACUGCAGCACUCCUGCCUCAGAGAGGACCAACCCUCCAGAGGAUUUACACAAGCUCCAGUCUGGAUCCAGAACACCUGAGAAGAGAUGAUGCUGACCCUCAGAGGACCCCAGAUGAUGCUAACCUUGAAUCAACAAACAGAACUAACAAUUAUU